CACUUAAAAGUAAGAUGGUAAAUGGCAUUUUAAGUAACAAACAUUGGAAAUAAGUAUGCUUUAAUUUAAGUACUUUUAUUCUAGUUUUGGGAAACGUACUUUACCCAUUUUUAAUACUUACAUUUUAAAGCUGUUUCAAAAUUAAGUAUCGUUUUCCCUAAUUUAAGUACUUUUAAUACCAUAAGUUCUUUAGUUAACUACGUUGCACACUGACGCAGACGAUUGCUAAAUAAAAGUCGUCAAAAUUGCAAGUAUCUUGCAACGUAAAUCUGACGAAUUUUGAUGAUAAAACAGUACGAUUCAACUGCUGUCAAUUCAAGAGAAAUUCGACAGUUUAUUAUGGCUAACGUUGUGAAGUGCUCUAUGUGUCCUAUGUUAAUAUCGAGUGAAAAUCCCUCUACGUUUUUUGACCACGUCAGAUUCAAUCACAGGAAUACUAAAAAAUUUCAUGUUGUUUGUAAAUAUCCUGACUGUCAUGACGAGUACAAUUUGUACAUUUCCUUCAAACGUCACUGGUACAAAAACCAUGGUCGUCGUGCAUUAGUAACCGUUCCAAACCAUCCACUUGUGAAUCAUGAUAGAGAUGGGCAGCUGCUGGAAGCAGUUAACGAUAACAUUCAAAUUGAGAAUCUUUACAGAGACAACAACAUACCUGAUGUACAACACAACUCUCAUCAUCAUGUGAUUGAAAAAAGUCUGCUGUCAGUCAAUGAUAAUGAUGUGAAGAAACAAUUGAGCCAGUUGAUGAGCACAGAGAUAGCACAUCAGAGAAUUCUACAAUUAUGCUACAGAAUCCUCAUCGUGAAAUUCAAUUGGUGA